AUGACAGGCCCAAUUGAAGAGUCUCUCGAGACACCUGUUCUCAUCAUUGGUGGUGGACCCGUUGGUCUCACCACCGCCCUUUUACUUGCCCGAUAUGGCAUCCAGAGCGUUGUCGUCGAGCGAUAUCCUGGACGACUGGGCCAGCCAAAAGCCCACGCCGUCAACCCUCGUUCUCUUGAGAUUCUCCGACAGGGCGGUCUGGACACCGUGCAACUCCGCAAAGUGGCCUCCCGCCCCGUUGACGCGGAUUUAGUCCGCUUCGGCCUCUCGCCAGUGGGGCUGGAGCUAGGCACUCUGCCAUUUGAACGACAAGGCGAAGAGAACAAAGUUAUCACUCCAGAGCCCCUGUUCAACAUCCCGCAACCAGAGCUUGAGGACUGGUUGAUGGAAGUCAUUUCCAAGAACAAGCUCAUCACCCUCAAACGCGGCUUUGAAUGGAAAUCCUGCACCGGUCCACGAGAUUCUUCCGCCGAGGUGGUCUCCCAAGUGAUCGAGAGGGCAAACCACCGUUCUGUCCGAGUCACCAGCAAAUAUCUUUUGGCCUGUGAUGGCGCCCGCUCCGGAGCGAGAGAAAAGCUGGAGAUUCCCUUCUCUCCCAUCCCCGAUGGUCCUGCCAAAGAAUCACACCACCUCACCAUUCACUUCAAGGCCGACCUGACGCAUCUGAAGUCGGGUAUUAUCUAUUACAUCUUUGGAUCUAAACAACAAGACGCCUUUCUUGCCUACGAUCGAUCCAACAGCUGGGUAUAUGUAACCAACUGGGACGGAAAUGAAGACUCCAAAGCCAAAUUCACGAAUGAAACCUGCACAACAAUGAUCAACGAAGCUAUGGGCCAAGGAUUCCCCUUUAAGAUUCUUUCGAUCACGAUGUGGACCACUCACCCCCGGAUCGCGGACUUCUACCGAUCAAAGAUCCAGCCACAGGCAUUCCUCUUGGGAGAUGCCGCCCACGCAUUCCCACCCACAGGUGGUCUCGGCGUGAACACCGGAAUUGCCGACGCCCAGAACCUGGCCUGGAAGAUCAACGCUGUGGAAAAGGGAUGGGCGGGUGAGCAACUGCUCGAUACUUACAACGACGAAAGAAGACCAGUGGCCAUGGCGAAUGCGCGUCAAAGCGCGAAGAACCAGAGAACUGUCUACAAAUUCUUCUCUGCGAGGCCUGAGGGGGUCACCGAUGAAGAUUUGGAGCGAAACACUGAAUGGAGAGAUCAAUUCGGAAUCGAUAUCGCAAAUGACGCCGAGCACUUUGAUUCGAUUAACUUGCAACUGGGUUAUAUCUAUGGUGGCAAGGCUUGGGAUGAUGUGCCAUGCAAUGAGUUCACCCCGAGCUGUGUUCCGGGUAUCCGAUUUCCCCAUGCUUGGGUGAAGUUCCAGGGCCACACUGCAUCUGCAUUGGAUCUUGUUGAUGGUCUGGGUUUCACCGUUGUGGGCUCUGCUUCGUGCUUGCCUGGCUCUGGUUCCAAGAUUGUUGAUAGCAAGACUUCUGUUGGUGUCAAUAUUGUGCGACUAGGCGAUGACUUCUCCUGUGAUGAUAAUGCCUGGCUCCAGAUAACGGGCUUGUCCGAUGAGGGCAAGGGAGUAUUGAUUAGACCUGAUCAGCAUGUUCUUGGUGAGGUGAAAUCAGAGCAGGAUGUUCAGGACUUGCUGUCUCGGUUCUUGCUUGGAAACUGA